AUGGCGGGCAAAGAAUUAGAUAGCAACUUUUUUAUAUUCUUGCCGCAGUGUUUUACAAAUGAUCCUGUUUCCGAUAUUGAGAAAGGUUCAAGGAAUUCUUGUUAUGCCGGAGAGCAUCUGUGCUUUUUCCUGAUAGUUCAGUUUCGCGGCAAGAAUCGUUCAGAUGCGAAGUUCCAAGCCUGGCAAAAACGCUUGCUACGUUUGUGUAGCUGUGUGAGUGUGAGUAGCAUCGAUUUGAUGAUCCGGAAAGAUGAAGCACCUACGGGCGGAUUUAUUACUUGCUGGCCUAUCAGCUCUUUUAAAAUGGAGGGAAAGGAAACCAAUCAUUAUAAAGAAAAGGUAAUCUAACUAGACAACAAGAACAAGCUAAGCAAUACACAUGCUUAACCCUUUGACGACCGCUUUGGUCGUUUUCAUUUCUUGUGUAACGAUGCAUAUUUUCCUUCAUGAAUCCAUUUAGCUUUCCUUUGUAGCUAUUAAGAUGGUAAGCAGCAAAAUCAGCUAGGAUAGAUCUUUCCAGAGGCACCUCAAGGCCAUUCCAUUUAUAUCCACAAGUCCACUAGAGAUUUUCUGAGGGGGUCAAUGCUAUAAGAGAGGUUUUUCAGAGGGGACUUACUGUUCAACAUGCCAGUUUUUUAAAAGGUGAAAAUACCAAGAAAUAUUAUAUUUUCUGAAGGAAUAAGGGCAGUGUUACAUCACUCAUAAUAGGUUCAGUGUAUGCAAUAAUUCCUUAUGAGUGAUGUAACAGUGCUUAUUCCUUGAGAAAAUAAAAUAUUUCUUGGUAUUUUCACCGUUAUUCUUAUGAAAAGUGCUUUAGAAUGUCUUCCCAGAAUGGGACAGAUAAUGCACCUAUCAAUGUAAAUCCCGUGGGGGAGUGCAGGCAAGGGGCGAGGAUUUGAUGCCUGAGACUAUCCCCCUGUCGGGCUUUUGAUCGUGCGAAGCGACCCCGGGGUCGGGACAUUUGACUUUGACCGACAGAAGCCUGGUAUCAAUUCAGAAGCGGUUAUCAAGUCCGUCCCUCGAGGCUAUCUGAAAGUCACGCUGUUGGAGAAAGGUGUGACGUUUUCAUUUGUUUUAAUCGCCAUAAUCUGAUACUUUAAACUGUCAUCUAAACAGAUAAUGUCUAUUUUGAGAAAGUUUUUAUCUUCAAGUUCCCAUCUGAUUGUAAAACUCGAUUGAAAUCGAAUUCCACCAUGAAAGCCAGAAGAUUUUUUACGGGUCACUGAUCCGACCUGUUCCGACAUGUUGAGCAGAUGUUAUAAAGUAUUUUACGUUUCAUUAAUAUUAUAAUAGCACGGUCAAUCUUCCUAGAGUGAUUUUGUUGUUCAAAAUAAGAGCUACUAGUGGAGAGAGAAAAUACUUAAUUACAGCGAGUAAUUUAACGGAGCUUACGUUUAGUAAGGAUGUACUUUUGAAAUGUUUUUUAAUUCGUUUUAUACAGUAUUAUAGUAUUGUUUGUUUAGACUUUUUCGCCUGGGGUGGGGGCUUUUUUGACACUUUUGAUUGACCUUUCGUUUCCCCCCCUGGGCAAUUUGAUCAAAAAAUUUUAAAAUUUGUCAAAUCCCCACUCCUUGCCCGCCCCCCCCACCCCCACGGGGUUUACAUUGAUAGGUGCAUAACAGUGCCACAUUUUCCAAGGGAUACAAAACAAAAAAAAUGUAAUUUUUUUCUCCGGACUUCUGACCGAAACCUCCUCCUCAAUAGAGGUGGGGAAGGGGUCUGACCAAAAACACUUCCUUAACAGGGGUGGGGGAAUGGUGGUUAUUGAAUGGAAUGGCCGUCGUUUUACCAGUGAGUCUUUGCUAAAUUAAAUAAGCCCCCCUCUCAAAUUAGCCGUCUGUCUCUAUAAGGCCCCCCACCCCAUCCCCCUUCAAGUGUGUUUGAAAUAAAUAAGCCUAUAGGGGGGCUUAAGAGGAUUUAUGGUAUGGGCAAGGGCAAAAAAAAGAAGUGCUGCUGAAGUAGUAUACUUGUGUGGGUCAGUGAAUUUGAGCUUAAGCUAGAAAAAGAAAACCAUUUUCCUCAAUUUGUUUUCUUGUGGUUUGUUUUUUUCCUUCUAGAUUGAACCAAAAAUCACAUCUCGUGGGGAUAUCAUCUACCCCUUGAAUGUUGUACUAGACUCACUGCCUGCUCUAACCAGAAGAAUGCGUCUUUCAGUGAAUGUCUGGACACCUGAACUUGAUGCAUUUCAAGCAGAGCCAUUCCAGAAAGGUGACUUUAAAAGAUAUCUGGUAAAUCAUGACCCAGAAGAGCUCAUAGAAGAGUCACGGAAUGCAUGGCGAUGUAUAGGUAAAAUUUACUAAAAUAUUGGAAUUCAAACACUUCGGUGCAGUUUAUUGCAUGGUUUAAAGCUUAAACCCAGGAAGGUAUUAUGCAUCUUAUGUCAAAAAUUGCAGGUUCUCGAAAUCACUUUAUGAUGAGCCUUGAAGUCUCAUGUUUGUGAGUUCUUCCUUCUCUGAUUUUUCAAACAUUUGCUGCAAAGUCUCAUAUUUCUCAAACAUUGCUAAUGUGUCUCACUGAGUGGGGGAUUUCUUUAUUUUUUAUUUAACAUUGUUGAUAUGAUUUGUAGUGAAUGCAACCCUCCCUGUUGUUACACCUCCGACACUUCGGUGCAAGUAUUUUCAAGUGGCUAGCAAGCAUUUUCUCUGCAUUGAAGGUAAAUGAGAUACAUUUAACCUGGAUUGUGUAUUUAACUACUGACAUGACACCGACACACUAGUAUAGAGUGUUUUCACAAUAAAUUUGAAACCGUUGAAUGGAAGAAGCCAGAAAAAUGACUCAUAAAUACAUUGAUGUACCCUAUCCGAGUCUAAGGUCUGGCCAGCGUACCAUUUUUUAAGUUAUUUUCUGACAAGUUUCAUGCAAUUUUAUAGAGCUUUGUAUGGAGAUGCCAUGCUGGUGUACCAACAUGACACAAAUAUUUUGACCUGUGAUCAACAAAGACAUCAUUCUGGAUUUCACUUAGUUUUGUACAUUCACGUAAACACAUAUUUUACUGUUUGAAAUGUUUAAAUGGCUGAAAUUAUAAGGAGAUAGCUUUCUAUAGCCAGACAUCUCGGCCACCUUCAACUUGGUGAAGAGCUGAUAAAAAUCCAGAGGGCCUCGCUAUUUUGAUUUUAGAGUAUGAUGAUGUCAUUGGUGAAAACACUCUAUUAAGCAAACCUGUAUAUUCAGCAGUGACACUUUAUUUAUUAAAUUUCAUUGUUUUCACCUCUGAUAAGCCAAUUGAUCUGUGUUAUAAAAAACGUUGUCAGUUAUUUUGUCAAGUGUGAGGUUUAAUUGCUUUUAUGACUUUCAAGAUUACUGUAAUUUGAAGACAAUUUUCAACUGUUUCUCUAUUUUUUCUAAUUAAAAGUGUGCUUGCCCCACAGACAAGUCAUGUUAAAGGUUUACGUGUCCAAACAAAAUUUCUACCUGUCCCAGACAAUCGGACAUACAUGUAGGUUUUGUUACACCUUGCAAAUACAGUACAAUUAAAAUAGCUUUUUAUUAAAUUUUCUUAUUAAUUAACAUACAUACUUAAGGAAGGGCAAAGUUAGAGCCGCAGUGUAUUUUUUUUAUUUCUUUGUUCUAGUUAUUAACACUUUAGGGAAGUCAGUCAAUGUUUGUCAAGUAGACGUUCAUGCAAGUUCUGAUAUUGGUGCUGAAAAUGCGAGAAACAUGAACCACAACCAAGUUUGCUCAACACAACACUUAAAACCAAAAAUGUAAGUGAAAAGGAACAUUUAUUGGCAGGGUCAAUAGUAGUCAAGUCAUAGUAAUCUUCACAGGUUCAUGAAAAUGUUGCUCUUAACUGGGCUGCCUGUGGCAGGCACAGUCAUAAUUUUGGUUUUUGGUUGUCUGUGUAGAAAAACGAACUCGCGGGGGAGGGAAGACACGAGGUCUGGGACCGAGAAACAAUGUUCUCACAACUUGUUUCAUACGCCUUUGGGCAGUGACAUGUCAUCAGUAUAUAUUUCUGCAGUUGUUUGCUCAGAACUAAUUCCCUGAAUGUCUGAUCCCUGCACCAGCCUUCCAUCAUCACCCCACCCUCACUCUCACCAACAGCAAAAAUAUUUUGUUCUGUACUGCCUUGUGCCUCCCCCCUCCCACCCCUCAAUAAAACAGCUCUCCAGACAAACCUUCCUACUGGAAAAUUUAUAAGAAACUUCUGCUCUUAUAGAGACUUACAUGAGUGGUGGCAAUUUUUUGUAAAGAGUUUCUCAACUCAAAAAAUGGACAAGACACUUGUGCACUUUCAUGUUUAAUUUCUUGCUUCUUUUUCAAUUUCAUAUCAUCAGGUUCUCUUGUCUAGAUGUUUUUCCAGUUUCAAAAUGUGAAAAUUUAUCAAGCAAGCAUCCAAUUCUCCUCAGACCUUGGGAACACUAUGCAUUUCUGUUUAGAAUUAUCCACCAUGAAAGCCAGUUGGGAUCGCAUAAGGUAUGAAUAUGUCAGAUCUGGGUAGUGACAUGUCAUCAGUAUUGUACAAAUUAUGUACAUGUAUUUUUCUCUUACAGUACGAGUAUGUACUUCAUCAGGUGGCCUGCAAAGAGAAAGACAAUGAUCAAUAAUAGAUUCACUGAUCGUUGGUACAGUGGAACUUCAAUAUUAUAAUAAAGGGCCAAUGGCCCUGCAAAAUAUGCUCGGUUUUAAAGGGUUUUGUUCUGUCAAGACCCUUUUCCAAAUGAUAUACUAUUACCAGGACAAAGAAUAAAUCAAGGGGGUUGUUAUAUAGAAGUUUGUUAUAUCAAGUUUCCACUGUCAUCUGUAGUAGAAUUGUUUAAAAUGAGGAAGACUUAAAAUCUCAUUCUCUUUCAAUAGAAGAUAUUGUUUUAUUGGUGGCAAUAAAAACAUGAAAUACUGAGUUUCCUCAUUGAAGCGGCCACUCCCUUGGUCUCAUUGGCACCCUGACUGAAUAAGCACCUUAUCAUGCCUGUCAGUUUUUUAGAGAGUGAGGAUGUCAUAAGGAAAGCCUUGUUUUUCACUUUUUUAAUUUUUACCAUAAUUUGAAAACACUGGUGUCAAAAUAAGGAGACAGAUUCUUCACCAUCAAGUUGAUUUCAUUUAUAUCUGUCUCUAUGCAGAGUGUACAUUAUGUGCCAAAUAAUCACCCCCUUCAAAUAGGCACCUUCUCCUCCUCUGACAUAUGUUAUAGUUAAUUUUUUGUCUCAAGUAAUUUUUUUUUUGUUUCAACUUCAUUAGCAUGCAUUACCAUACUCAAAAACAACAGAAAAACAAAAAUUACGUCAGAUAAAAAAUUAACUACAACAUAAACAUGUAAACUUUAGCAUUAUUAAAUAUAUACAGUUUUAAUUAAUUAAUUAAUUUAUCUAUUCUUUUAUUUGUUUAUUUCUGUCAGCAUUUGGAAGUAGCCCUUAAAGGGUCGAUAACCUGGGAUGUAGAGACACUCAGAGGCUGGAAUCAUGAAAUUAACACAACGUACAGGUACUUAUCGUCGCUUAAAAAUGCUUCUAAUAUCCUAUUACUGUUCCAACCAGCCAUAACUAGUCACAGUAAAAAUUCAUCUUUUAAUAAUUAUAAUAGUUUUGGACAACAGAUCCAAAAAAUGUUAUCAAAGGCACAAGAGAUUUUGAAGUUUCUUCUUGGAGAGGGAGAUGAAAGAUAAAGAAAACAACCAAACUCCUUAAAGUCAAUCAAAAUUGAGCAUUAAUUUAUCGGUCAGUUUAAUGGAUGUCCUCCUCUUCUGUACUGGUUUAUUAUUAAAGAAAAAUUUAGUGGAAUUAAAAGCUGCUCUAAGCAAAAAAUUACAGCUUUUACAGUCAUGAAAAUAAGUCGCUUUUCAAUCUAAAUGCCCUCAUCAUAAAAUUUCAGUCAGUUGUUUUGAUGCUAAUACAACAUUUUUGUUUGGUGCUUUCAAGUUUUGAGUAAAAAGAUAAACAUUUUGAGGCCUGCGGAGCCCCAGUAACAGCUGGCAAUUUUUCCUGUUAUCAUGUGCAUAUUUUAUUUAUAUUAUACAAUACAAUAGCUAGGCAAGUACCAUUUCAACUACAUGAUUUUGAUAUUUUUUAUGUUCCUAUUUUUCAACAGUCUUCCUGUCUUUCUUGUAAGAAGGUCAUCUGUCAGUGUGAGAGCAACUUGUCAGUCAUGUGUGAGCAAAGGAAAGAGGUAGUGUGAAUCAGCAAAUAAAAAAAGAUUCCAUAUUAUUUUGGGCUAGUCUAAUUGUUUCUGUUUUGUACAUUGUCUUCCAUCUUUCAUAAAAAAAAUAAUGAUUUGUCACUCUCAAUAAACUUGUCAUUUUAGCUAAGUACUCUCUGAUUCGAAUUAUUGCUUUAAAAACAAUCGCUGCCUGGUAAGCUCAGUUGGGAGAGCGCCAGUCUGCUAAACAGGAGGUCGGAAAGCUCAGCAGUGAUUACAUAAAUGUUAUUAAUAAGUAAUAAAUUUUACAUGAAUAAAAAACACACACACUCACUCACACAAAAGAGACUGACUGAGCCAAAACUGUGGCUUGUUAGCUAUCAUUAGUGGGAGUCAUCUCUUUUACAGAAAGGAUCAGAUGCAUUUUGUAGAGUUUGUGUUCCUAUAAGUACAAUGUUUCAUAAUGUAGAAUAAUUAAAACUGUAAGCUUUUCUGUCAACUGUAAUCCUCCUUUCAAGAUUUCAGGUGAAGUACACAGUAACCAACACAGAGCGAGAUGAUGGUAAUGUUUCCCUUGUUUGGAGUCCGUUCAAUAAUCAUGGCAUGACAAAAACUCAGCACAUUUCGAGUGCAGAACAAUCUGUGGUGUGUUUACAACCACAAGUGAGAAUAGGGUAAGAAUAUUUAAGUUGCAAGUUAAUGGUCCUUUUAGUAAAUAAGUUCUAUAGUUUACAGUUUGCAGUAACAUAGCCAAGGUGAUCCUUUUAUACUGUCAAUAGGAAACUUGACACUGAAUUAGAUUUCAAGACACUUCACAGGAAAUUUGACCCAAAGUUAAAUUCAAGACACUUAACGUCAGCAAGGUAAUUACCCAGCAAAAGUGAGGCCACUGGUAGUGCUAUCUUGUCCACAGACUCUGCAGUUGGAACUUGUAGUAUUACCAAAACUUGUCUUCGCAACAGACCCAAACGACAAGAGCUUACAACUACAGUAAAACCCCGGUAACUCGAACUCUGUAGGGAAAUGAAAAACAGUUUGAGUUAGCUAGGGUCCGAGUUAUCAGGGUUAAUUUAAAAAUUGAAUUUGCCAAGUUAAAAAUAGAUAGUUACUGAUUUUUCCGCGCUUCAGUGUAUGGUACAGUGCAAAUUUAACUUAUUUCAUCAGAAACAGUAACAUGAUCAGGCAUUUUUUAUGAUAAAAUGUGGUCUGUUUGUUCCACCAAUUAAAAUCAAAUUGCUUUAGUGUUAAACAGUGUUAGUUUUAGUGUUUUCACCCUUAUACAACAAGAAAAGCUAAUGAGAUGACAUCCGAGUGGAGUUAAAAGAACCACAAUUUGAGCUAUCAGGGUAAAUUUCAGUUACUUUUUGAUCAAGGGAAAAGAUAUUUUGUUUGAGUUAGUGGAGAAUUCGAGUUAUCUGAGGAAAAGUGACUGAAAAGUGGGGCAAAAUCAAGUUAUCCAAGUUUGAGUUAUGGGGGUUCUACUGUAUUGGUGGCACUUGUGAGAGAUUGUUCAUCAUCCUUUUUCACUCUUUGAAAGGAAAGCCCUGUUUUCCCUUGGGGCGUGGCUUCUGUAGAAGUUUCAGUCAAAGAGUACUUUAUGCCUGAGCAUUCUUUGGCCUAAUAUCAUGCCUACUCCCCUCCCUUCCUCCCCCCCUUCCCCUUCACCCAUUCCAUGUCCCUCACCCAGCAGUUUUCCUUUGGUAACUUCAAUUUGUUUAUUAAAGGUGCUGUCCUUCUGGGUCUUCACUGACUGUCAAAGUAGAGUUUUUAGCUGUGCAAGAAGGACUUCAUGAGGUAUUAUUUCCUACAGUUGUGCAUGUUGUUUUUAUCAUUAUUAUCACCCACAUUGUUGAGCAAAACAUUUUGCAUCAGUUACUUAACCAAGCUUAAGAUAACCCAGUCACACCUCAGCCUGCCUGUAACAGCAUGGGUAGAUCCAAAUCCCUCUGGCCUUUGGCUGCUACAAAAUCCUGCUCUGCUAAAGCUAUUGCCCUUUUGGUGCUUUCUACUCUGAAUCCCUUCCUAAUAAUGCCAGUGAGUGACUUCAUCACAGCCUAUUAAUCUGCUGGUUUUCUUUAGGUUGGUAAAUUUAUGAAGUGCCAAUGGCAUAGUGAGAUGGAUGGUAGAGAUCUUCCGGAUCAUUUGGCAGCAACAGAGAAUAUGCCAGGCUUCACGACUAUGUCUCAUUCAUGUCAAGUUUUUGUGACAAAUGGAUAGUGAAUAAAACAUUAUAAAAUAUAAUAAUAUACAUUAUAAUGAUAAAAUUGUUAUCAUAAUGCACAAAAUUUACUUAAUUUAUUUUUCUGUGACUGGCUCAAUAGAACAGUUCUUAGAAUUAUAAUAAUUUAUUAUUAUUAGAAUUAAUUAGAAUCUGACUCAAAGAUGGAGCAGGCCCGAGUUCACUUCCAUUUUUUUAAGCCCAAAUUAUCUAACAACUGUUGAUUUAGUGUGAAACUAUUCUUUUCUUCUAAAUAUCAGCGUUUGACUGAAGCAGGGAUAUCAGCCCUGUAAGUCAUACAUUUAUCAAUAAGGAUGUGAUAUUGGUCCAUGUUGUUAUGAUAGAUUGAAGUGACAAAUCUUAUUCCUUAGGUGAAACACAUGAAAUGGCAUGAUUCAAAAUUCCGCUUAAUAGUGAGGUCUAGGGGGACUUUUCCUCCUCAUGUUUUUACAUUGUUUCACUAAAUAAAUAAAUGAGUACCCUGCGAAGAGUCUCCUUCAAUCUAGCCUGUUCCAGGCUCCGAGGUAGUGGUGAAAAGUCGUUCAGUAAAAAGAAAUGCAAAAAAUGUGCAGAGGUACCUUUCCCAAGUUGCGCGUGUCUUAUUUUAACUUUGCUCGUUUUAAUACAUCCCCAUUAUACUAUCUGAGAGCCUGGCCCUGGCUACCUUCGAUCUUCCUAGAUAAGUCGGGAAGAGGAAGGAACCUCUGCCCCCAUCCUCGACAAUUCAUAUUGAGCUUGCCCCAAAUUCAAAUUUUUCUGCGCUGUCAAUCAAACCGUUACCAUAGCAUCCACUGAGUUUGUCAAAUAAAGGCGGCAGUACGAAACCUGUCUGACUCAUCCAAAUCACGGAAUGAUCAGCAAAUCAAAGGAAUUUGAAGAUGUCAGCAGAGUCGCUUCCUCUUUUCCAACUUAUCUAGGAAAGAUUCUGCUAGCAGGGUAAUGCAUGACUUAUUAAGACUGAAAUCUCUUUAUGUAUUCAAUGAGAUAUCUUGCUUUGCUGCUUUGCCUUGUCAAUGAUAUCAAGUUGGACACUCAAGGAAAAAAUUUGUAUGUCCCCCCUCCCCUUA